AUGUAUGACCUACACUCUGACCGAUGGUCUAACAUCUCACCCCUCAACUUUGCUAGAGAUGGUCCUGGGGUGGUAUCCCUUAAUAACUCCAUAUACGCAGCAGGAGGAUAUAACGGUAAGGAUUACAAAGUGGUUGAAAGGUUUGACCCCCGGGUGGGGAUCUGGGAACGAGUCCCAAACAUGGAACAGUCUCGAUCUUACGGAGCUACAGCAGUUGCUGACGGCAAAAUAUUUUGCUUUGGGGGCCGCCAAAAAGAUAAAAAGGUUGUGUUUGUUGAGUUCUACGACCCUCGAGCCAGCAAAUGGGACAGUUUGGAUGAUCUAGACACAGAGAAAAGUGAUGCGAGGGCUGUAUCCAUCGACAACACGAUAUACUUGCUUGGUGGGCUGGAUAAAGAUGACAGGCCGCUGGAUGACGUACAAUCUUACGACCCUCUUACCAGAGAGUGGAUGCAGCUUCCAAAUCUCACAACUAAACGGCGUCUCAUGGCAGUAGCCAGUGUAGGAUAG